CGCCACACUCUCACACAGAGCAAACAAAGUAAAAAAGAAAAGUAAAUCAUGGCACUUUCGUCCUCUUGUUCAACGCUCAAAUCCGUUAACUCACGGUGGACAUCUCCACGUCCAUCACCAGUACCAAAACUCGCCGACCUCCGUCGUCACUCUCUGUUACCAGAGCUCCGUUACACACCGAACGUCAAGCUAACGGCGACUAACGCCUUGAGAACCGUCGAGCAAACGACGUUAACUGAGGAUCAGAAACUCUCUGCCUACGGAUCUGACCAGGAGGAUCUAGCUUCGCUUCCAAAGCCGAGGAUCCUCGUCGCCGAGAAGCUAGGAGAAGCCGGGGUGAGCCUCCUCCGUAAAUUCGGCGACGUGGACUGCUCUUACGAGCUUUCGCCGGAGGAUCUGAAGAAGAAAGUGGCGGAGAGCGACGCGCUGAUCGUGAGAAGCGGAACGAAAGUGACGAGGGAAGUGUUCGAGGCGGCGAAGGGGAGGUUGAAGGUGGUGGGAAGAGCCGGAGUUGGGAUCGACAAUGUUGAUCUGCAAGCUGCGACGGAGCACGGUUGUCUGGUGGUUAAUGCGCCAACGGCUAACACGGUGGCUGCAGCUGAACACGGUAUCGCUUUGCUUGCUUCCAUGGCACGAAACGUCGCUCAGGCUGACGCUUCCAUUAAAGCCGGAAAAUGGGAGAGGAGCAAGUACGUCGGAGUAUCACUCGUCGGAAAAACAUUAGCCAUAAUGGGCUUCGGAAAAGUCGGAACAGAGGUAGCGAGGCGAGCCAAGGGACUCGGCAUGAACGUUAUCUCCCACGACCCUUACGCUCCAGCAGACAGAGCCAGAGCUCUCGGCGUCGAACUCGUCUCUUUCGACCAAGCUAUCUCCACCGCCGACUUCAUCUCCCUGCACAUGCCCUUAACUCCCGCCACGAAGAAGGUUUUCAACGACGAAACCUUCUCCAAGAUGAAGAAGGGUGUUCGUCUCGUUAAUGUAGCUAGAGGCGGCGUCAUCGAUGAGGAUGCGUUAGUUAGGGCUCUUGACUCGGGAGUUGUGGCCCAGGCAGCGUUGGAUGUGUUCUGUGAGGAGCCACCAUCGAAAGAGAGUAGAUUGAUUCAACAUGAGAAUGUUACAGUCACACCUCAUCUCGGAGCUAGCACCAAAGAGGCACAGGAAGGUGUAGCCAUCGAGAUAGCAGAGGCUGUAGCAGGGGCACUAAAAGGCGAGCUAUCAGCAACUGCAGUCAACGCUCCAAUGGUUGCUCCCGAGGUCUUAUCUGAGCUGGCUCCUUACAUCGUCUUAGCCGAGAAGCUUGGUAGGUUAGCUGUGCAGCUAGCAUCUGGAGGCAAGGGAGUACAGUCCAUCAAGGUUGUGUACCGCUCAGCUCGUGACAGAGACGAUUUGGACACUAGACUACUUCGUGCUAUGAUCACGAAGGGAAUCAUUGAACCCAUCUCAGACUCUUAUGUCAACCUGGUGAACGCUGACUUCAUAGCUAAGCAAAAGGGUCUCAGAAUCAGCGAGGAACGAACCGUGGUCGAGUCAUCACCGGAGUACCCUGUUGACUCCAUCCAAGUUCAGAUCUCUAACGUGGAGUCAAGUUUCGCUGGGGCUGUCUCUGAUGGUGGUGCUAUAAGCAUCGAAGGGAAGGUGAAAUAUGGAGUGCCGCAUUUGACUUGCGUUGGGUCGUUCGGUGUGGACGUGAGCCUUGAAGGGAAUCUGAUACUGUGCAGACAGGUGGAUCAGCCAGGGAUGAUUGGACAAGUAGGUAACAUACUCGGGGAGCAGAACGUGAACGUGAGCUUCAUGAGUGUUGGAAGAACAGUUGUGAGGAAACAAGCUAUCAUGGCGAUAGGAGUGGAUGAAGAACCAGACAAGAAGACACUCGAGAAGAUUGGAGGUGUCUCUGCGAUCGAAGAGUUUGUGUUUCUGAAACUAUGAAAGUUUGAGAUUGGUGGCGUCUGAGAAUAAAUGGUGACCCGGAUUUUAAAGGUGUUUGUGUCCAGUGGUCAAGCUGUAGGAAAAUGUGUGGCAUUGCGAUUUGAAUGUGGUACUUUUGUUCUUGUUUUGGUAAUGAUGCUUUUGGUUAAUAUAAUGUUUCACUUGUUUCUUGAUAUUCACUAAUAUGUUACUAUGA